AUGGAAAAACUUACCGAAAGAACUUCCCGCGGUCUUAACUUUCCGCUUUUCCUCCUUCCCACUGAACAAUCCACGCCCAACGCCCAGCCGCAGUCGACAACACUUGCACCACCCAACGCCGGCAAGAUGAAGUUGAACAUCUCCUACCCUGCCAAUGGCAGCCAGAAGCUCAUCGACAUUGAGGAUGAGCGCAAGCUCCGCGUCUUCAUGGAGAAGCGCAUGGGCGCUGAGGUCCCCGGUGACUCCGUCGGCGACGAGUUCAAGGGCUACAUCUUCCGCAUCACCGGAGGCAACGACAAGCAGGGUUUCCCGAUGAAGCAGGGUGUCAUGCACCCUACCCGUGUCCGCCUCCUCCUCUCCGAGGGACACUCCUGCUACCGCCCCCGCCGCACCGGUGAGCGCAAGCGCAAGUCCGUCCGCGGCUGCAUCGUCGGCAUGGACCUCUCCGUCCUUGCCCUCUCCAUCGUCAAGCAGGGCGAGGCCGACAUCCCCGGCCUCACCGACGUCGUCCACCCCAAGCGCCUCGGUCCCAAGCGUGCCACCAAGAUCCGCAAGUUCUUCAGCCUCACCAAGGAUGACGAUGUCCGCAAGUACGUCAUCCGCCGCGAGGUCCAGCCCAAGGGCGAGGGCAAGAAGCCUUACACCAAGGCUCCCAAGAUCCAGAGACUCGUCACCCCCCAGCGUCUCCAGCACAAGCGCCACCGCAUUGCCCUCAAGCGCCGCCAGUCCGAGAAGGUCAAGGACGAGGCCAACGAAUACGCCCAGGUCCUUGCCAAGCGUGUUGCCGAGCGCAAGACCGAGAAGGCCGAGCUCCGCAAGCGCCGUGCCUCUUCCAUGCGCAAGUAA